UUAGCAGUUGAAUUUUCAGGUAAAUGGUGCAAAAUACGAGUUGCGCCGGUGCGGAAAUUUUGAGCAAUGGAGUGAAACGCUGUUAGCGGGCGUUCCUUUUCGAACCGUUGACGGAACUGUAACUGAUGUGCUGCGCGUUUUAAUCCUUGUCGAGUGUGUGCGUGUGUGUGAGGAGAAAAAGAAGAAGGCAGGAAGAAAGGGGAAACAAGUUCGGGGGGACGAGAGAGGAGAUUAUUAGCUCAGGGCUUCAUCGGCUUCAGCGCGGACGAGAACCGAGUGUCGGGUCGACGAGGAUGCGGAGCAGGAGCCGGAUGCAGCGCUGACGAGUGGACGGUGUGUGCGGUGAAUUGACCGGGCGGGCAAAUGGUCCCCACGGUUCGGUUCGCCCUGUGCUGGGUGUUGGCCGUGUUGACGGCGUCGUUCGUCAACACCCAGGUCUACACUGACGACUGGGUCAUCGAAGUUUCCGAAGACAUGAGCGUGGACGAGAUCGAAACGCUGGCCAAAAGCCACGGCUUUGUCAACAUGGGGCCGGGUCGCAGACCGGAACGGCAUGAAGUUCCGCUUAUCCGCGGGGCAAAGGAACGCGUUAGCCUUCAGUUGUGUUUGCUCGAACUUCCAGGGCUCUCGGGUUUAUUGUCUUGCGACAAUGAAUGA